CCAUCUACCUCCUCAUGAGGUACGGUAGAUCAAUGGGAAUCUGUAACUCGUACCUUACUAUAUGUAUGUAUCGUACACACCAUACGUACGAUACCAGUUACCAGUAAAGGGCUGAUCAGUAACGUACGUACGAGUACCUGUACUUGUACUAUCAGUACAGCUACUCGUACCGGUACGAUCGCAAAUCUUGUUUGGUACGGAUAUGUUGUCAUUUCACCAAUAGCCAAUCCGAGCAGAUCAUCAGCUUACCGGCACAAUCCGAAUCAGGAUGACGGAUACAAGAUCGUCAGGGCUCCAUCGGCAUCGGCUGCGACGCAAAGCCCCGCGUUCGGURGUGCUUGUCGACAAAGCGUUCGUUAUCGCCAUUGGUUUAGGAGCGAUCUUUUCCACGGAUUUGAAGCCGUGGGCCGUUGUUCCUUUUUCCAUAAAAUGCAAGUCGCGUUCGUCACCCUCCCGUUAUGCGUCCGCGUUUGUCGUCCGCAGUAGAAAUUCCAAGGGCAAUUCGAAAAGAAAUUCUGACAAUAGGUACUCCAAGAAGAUUCCAUGGCCGAUAUCUUUCGACGACACCCCGGUGGUCUCGCUCGCUGCGACGGAAUCUGACUGCCCCAGCAGCCACGGCCCRCCGCUCUUGUCGAAACGGCUGGAGGGACUAGAUGCACCCACCGUGUGGCACGAAUUYUCGCCGCUUUCUGCCGAACACCAAUCCAUCAAUCUGGGCCAGGGAUUUCCCGAUUGGGACCCACCGAAGUUUCUCAUCGAAGAAUUGAAGCGAUCCACAGAUCCGGAAUAUGAACGAGUUUCUCAUAGCAACGAUACCGCAAGCUUAACCGAAACGCUGCCAAUCCAAACAGCCAACCAAUAUGCACGGUCCUAUGCCCACCUUCCNGAUACUCUUCUUAUGAUCAGCCAGGAUGGUGUUGCGUAUGGUUUACGUGCAUAUCAGGUCCCUUCGGGUAGCCGAACUGCAAAAGGAACACCACUGCCAUCGGUUCUUCCCAUCAACAUUGGCGAAUUAGUCACGGCCGUGUUGCCAGUUACCGAGUUCACGGAAGAAGAAUACUUGGUAUUGGCCACGAAACAAGGCAUGAUAAAGAAGACACCGCUGGAUGCGUUCGAGAAAAUAUCCGCACGAGGGUUGAGAAUUGCGACAUUGGCAGAUGAUGAUAAAUUAAAGUGGUGCCACAUUUGUACCGACAAAGACGACAUUCUGAUCGGUUCAUCACGGGGUAUGGCAUCUCGUUUCGAAGCUUCGAAACUGCGCCCCACCGGACGUWCCAGCAAGGGCGUAAAGGCAAUGAAACUCCGCGACGGUGACACAAUUGCCGACAUGAAUAUAUUAGGAGGGGCGGGCGCUGGAGCAAAACACAAGAAAGAAGAAUUCGUUCUUUGUAUCACCGAACAAGGCUACGGAAAACGUGUAUCGACAGAUGCAUUUCGGUCUACCUCUCGAGGGGCUGUUGGUGUGAUUGCAAUCAAAUUCAAAAAGAAAUCUUCCGCGGAGAACGACUCAGACAAGGUGAGUUGUUUCAGUAUCGUGAACGAGAGUGAUGAGAUUUUAGCCAUCACGUCGAAGGGUGUCAUGGUUCGGCAAAAAGUGGCUCAGAUUCCAUGCCAGAGUCGUUCUGCCACUGGGGUCAUGGUCCAAAAGGUGAACGAUUCCGAUCGAAUUACGACCAUUAGCCUUGUGCCUACACGAACGAUUGAUUAAAGUAACUCUUUAGCCUUAGCCCUAUAAGUUU